AUGCUUUAUUUAACAUCAUUUAUUGAUGAUCGUUGGUGGUUACUUAUUUAUGGAAAUGGAAUCCAUGAACAUUCUCUUUUACUUGUUGAUGAUCAAACAGAAAAAUCGGAAACAAUUAUUGAUGAUUCUAUACCUAAUGCUUGUAUGUUAGAUGAACAAUAUUUAAUAGUUCGAAUGAAACAAUUAAUGUUAAUCUAUGAUAUUCAAUAA